AUGGGUCGUCCUGGGGUUCAGAGGUUAACAUGGACACUGUUUGUCUACCUGAGUUGGAUGUGUGUGGAUCAAGCAGUGGCAGGGCCGCAGUUCAUGGUCACCAUUCCUGCAGUCAUCGAAGCAGGAGCUGAAACGCCGUUCUGUGCGAGCCUCUUGAAGCCCAACGAGACUCUGGUCAUGACCGUCACUCUGAGGUCCCUGCAGCAGAAUGUGACUCUCAUGGAGGAAACAUCCAGUCAGGAGUUUCACACCUGCAUUAAGUUCAUGGCUCCUUUAGUGCAAGAUGAAGUCCGAAUGUUGGAGGUGGAGGUCCGAGGGGCAACGUUUUACUCAAAAGAAGUCAGAAAAGUUAUGAUCAAAGCCUACCAGCCAAGCACAUUCGUCCAAACAGAUAAACCGAUCUACCUCCCAGGACAAACAGUGAAUUUCAGAGUCGUCUCACUGGACAGCAAAUUGAGACCUGUCAAUCGCUUGUACACUGUCAUUGAAAUUGAGGAUUCAGCCAGCAACAGGGUUGGACAGUGGUUACAAAAAGAAUCCAACGGGACAAUAUUGCAGCUUUCUUACUCCUUGAACUCUGAGGCCCGCGAAGGAACCUACAAUGUCAUUGUGUCGAUUGGUGAUGAGAAGAUUAUUCAUGACUUUAAGGUGGAGAAAUAUGUUUUGCCAAGAUUUGAGGUAAAAGUAGAAGCACCUGGUGAAGUUAGUAUUGGGCAUGAAGACAUCAAAGUUGAAGUUUGUGCAAAGUAUACAUACGGGCAGCCUGUACCAGGAAAUGUUAAAAUUGAGAUGCACCGACCUCUCAGUCGCUAUUAUACAAGGAACUAUGUAGCUACCACUGAUAAUUCAGAUGGCGUCCCUGAGAUAACUGCCCCAUCUUACAUGGAGAUAAAACAGGCAGAUAAGGCCGGCUGCGCAACUUUUCUCAUCAUGAUGUCAACUUUCACAAAACUUGACCAAAAAGUGCUGCGAGAUUCACUGCAUCUCAAGGCCAGCAUGGAGGAGGAGGGAACAGGAAUUGCACAUGAUAGUCAGAAGAGACUCGAUAUAUCCUACGCUAUCGGAAAGGUUUUCUUCAUGGACACACCCAAGAUUUACAACAAAGGAUCAGAUGUGGAGGGAAAAGUCAAAGCUGUUACUUACGACAACACGCCCAUUCCUGACAUGAAGGUGCACCUGUUUGAGGGAGAGAGGUGGUCAUCCCGUCUGCUGCAGAAUCUCACAACUGACAGUGAGGGUGUCGCAGCUUUCACGAUAAGCACAGCUGAGUUUAAACAAGACAUCCAGCUUGUCGUAAGCAGUAAACCCUCAGUGAGGUACGACGGGCAUCGAUCUCCUUACUACCAAACCGGAGAGCACACACUGACCUCGGUCAAACCUUUUGCUCCAGAAACUAAAACAAUCAGCUCCCUGGAGGUGCAGAAGAAGGAUCAACCACUGGCCUGUGACACAGAAGAAGAAAUCUUCAUCCGUUUCCUUGUCGUCGGGGAAGCCCAGGGCUCUGCGGAUGUGAUGUAUCUGGUCUUAUCCCGAGGAGUCAUUGUAUGGCAAGGAUUCAAACAGGUUGAAGUCCAAGAUAAAUCAGUGACUGAGGGCGAGAUGUCCUUUAAGUUCAGAGUGUCCCCUGAGAUGUCCCCAGACGUCCAGGUUGUGGCUUACGCUGUCCUCCCCAGUGAGACGGUGAUCGCCCACAGUUCUGACUUCUCCACUGAGAAAUGCUUCAGUCACAAGGUGUCGCUGGAGUUUUCUCCGUCCUCAGCUGUCCCAGGAGAAGAAAACACCCUAAAGUUGACAGCCCAGCCGGACUCUCUGUGUGGUGUGAGCGCUAUCGACCAGAGCGUCCUCAUCAAGGAGCCCGGGAAAACUCUGGACGCAGAAAAGAUAUUUAAUCUGUUGCCAGUCAGAAAAUCCACCCAUAUUCCAUACUCAGCUGAAGACGCUUUAGAGUGCCUGACAGUGAGAUCAAAAAGAUCAUAUCUGCCGUACCGCUCACGGCGUGCCGAAGAUGAUGCUUACAACGUUUUCCAGAAUGUUGGGCUGAAGAUGGUAACCAAUUUGUUUAUUCGGACGCCAUCGUGCCUCACCUAUAGAGGAGAAGAAUACCACCGGGGCUAUGGACACAGAGUUUAUGACAUGGAUACUCUUAUUAUGGCAAAGGUGAGCCUGGAACGUCCACCAGGUCCUGGCAAUGAGGAGUCUUUAGUUAUAGAGACAGUCCGCAGUUUUUUUCCUGAGACUUGGAUCUGGGACCUUGUGAAAGUUGGAGAGUCUGGGACAAAGGAUGUGCCCCUCACUGUUCCUGACACCAUCACCACCUGGGAGACAGAGGCUUAUUGUUUGUCCCCUCAGGGUUUCGGUUUAGCUCCUCGUAAAGAGCUCACUGUCUUCCAGCCUUUCUUCCUGGAGCUCAGCCUGCCUUACUCCAUCAUCCGAGGCGAGAACUUUGAGCUGAAGGCGACUGUCUUCAACUACCUGUCCAGCUGCAUCAUGGUCACUGUGACUCCAGCCUCCUCCUUGGAUUACACCCUCACCCCCCUCUCUGGUGACCAGUACACAUCCUGUUUGUGUGGCAACGAGCGCAAGACCCUCAGCUGGGUCAUGGAUCCCACAGCUUUAGGGGUUGUGAACGUGUCUGUGACCGCUGAGGCUGUGGCGUCUCACGCUUCAUGUGACAAUGAGAUAGUGAGCGUGCCAGAGAGAGGUCGCGUUGACGUGGUCACAAAAUCCCUCAUUGUAAAGGCUGAAGGAACCGAGGUGAUCAAGACCCACAACUGGCUGCUCUGUCCCAAAGAUGAGACUUUGACGGAGGAAGUAGAGAUAUCGCUCCCUGAGAAUGUGAUUGAUGGAUCUGCCCGUGCUCUUGUUUCAGUCCUGGGUGACAUCCUGGGCCGAGCUCUGAAGAACCUGGACGGUCUGCUGCAGAUGCCGUAUGGAUGCGGCGAGCAGAACAUGGCGCUUCUGGCCCCGAACAUCUACAUCCUCCAAUACCUGAAGAACACGCAGCAGCUGACCCCGGCCAUCAUGGAGAAGGCGGGCAACUUCCUGACCAGUGGCUACCAGAGACAGCUGAACUACAAGCAUAGGGGAGGAGCUUACAGCACAUUUGGAAGCGGAUCAGGGAACACUUGGCUGACGGCUUUCGUGCUGAGAUCCUUCGCCAAAGCACGGUCUUUCGUCUUCAUUGACCCAAAAAAUAUUGCAGAGUCAAAGUCUUGGCUGGUUCGCAGACAACAGGAACAUGGUUGUUUCCAACAGUCGGGGAAACUCUUCAACAACAGAAUGAAGGGCGGCGUCUCUGAUGAAGUGACUCUCAGUGCGUACAUCACUGCUGCCUUCUUGGAGAUGAACUCAUCCAGUAAUGAUCCUGUGGUGAAAAGCAGCCUGUCCUGCCUCAGGGAGUCCAUCAGUGACCUCAGCAACACCUACGCCACCGCUCUGCUGGCGUACGUCUUCACCCUGGCAGGUGACAUGGAGACCCGUGCUCACCUUCUGAGACACCUUGACACAGUUGCAAUUCAAAAAGGAGGUUACCUCCACUGGUCUCAGACCGCUGCAGACACCUCGUCCUCUCUGUCUGUGGAGAUCAGCUCUUAUGUGCUGCUGGCCAAACUCAGCGUCUCUUCUCCUACUGCUGAAGACCUGGGAUACUCCACCCGCAUCGUCAGAUGGCUGACCACUAAGCAGAACUAUUAUGGAGGCUUCUCCUCCACACAGGACACAGUGGUGGCUCUGCAGGCUUUGGCUCUCUACUCCACCCUGGUGUUCAGUCCAAGAGGUUCCAGCACGGUUGCUGUCCAGUCUCCCAGCAUGCAGCUGUUCUUUGACGUGAACCAGGACAACAAGCUGCUCUACCAGGAGCAGGUGCUGAUGGGCGGGGCCGGAAAGUACAGCCUGCAGGUGAAGGGAUCGGCGUGUGCUUCAGCGCAGAUUUCUCUUCACUACAACAUCCCAACUCCUAUUGAUGUCAGCACAUUGAUGGUGGACGUCCAACCAGAAGCUGACUGUGCCGGCGCCUCUAACAGACGCAGGCUUUCCCUGAAAUUCAAGAGCUUAUACAGUGGAGAGGAGGGCACUACAAACAUGGUGAUCCUGGAUAUCAAAAUGCUCUCUGGAUUUGUCCCAGACCCAGAGUCUUUGAAGAAGCUCAAACGUGCCGAGCUGGUGGAUCGUGUGGAAGAAAAGAAAGAUCAUGUUAUGGUUUACUUUAAGGAGUUGCAGAAAGACAUCCCCAUCAAUCAUGAAUUAAGGCUCAUACAGGAGCUCCCAGUGCAGAACCUGAAGCCAGCUGUGGUCAAGAUCUACGACUACUACCAGCCAAGUGACCAGGCUGAGACUCAGUACAUCUACCCUUGUGUUGCAGCCUGAACACUGAUGUUGUCUCGAUGCUCCCAGUAAGAUUCGAAAUAAACCUCCAUUUCAUUCCAA